AUGAAUGUUGUUAUGGAGUGGAACGAAACAGAAACGCAUCAGCAAAAAUCCAACAUUAGUUUGGGACUCUAUGCAUCCAUUCCGCCAAUAUUUAUGAUAGUUGGAAUACCCGGUAAUCUGGUCUCCAUGUACAUAUGGUCUAGACGAAUGCCAAUGACUCCCGGUUCAACAAGCCUAUUUCUCGUGGCAAUGUGCAUUACGGACACUUACGUGCUUACACACGGGUGUCUGCGUCUAUGGCUGCUGGGCCUGAGCAAACAGUUAAUCGAUGUUCGAAUACGUCUUGGAUGUCGAAUACCAUUAUUGUUGUUUACAUUUACCACGGAUCUCUCUUCUUGGAUCAUAAUUCUCCUGUGUGUGGAACGUGUAAUUUCAACUCGGUUUCCAAUCCGAUUCAAAAGUAUCUGUCAUCUUCGAAACGGUUUGAUUGCGUUGAUUGGACUGGUUGUAUGUCUGAUGGGCAUAAAUGCACAUUUCCUGUGGACUGUACAGCGGAAGAAUAACGAAUGUGUACCUGUGAAUGCAUUUUCCAAUUUCAUGUACUCGUGGCAAUUUAUAGAUGCCUCCAUUUAUUCAUUUAUUCCACUGGCUUGCAUCCUGGCGCUGAACACUUGCAUUAUAAUACGAUUACGCCGAACCGCAAAAUGUGUACGCACUGGGAAUAGAGUUGACAAAGGCACGGUGAAAUUGCAUUCAGUCGAUAUACGUGGUGGAUUUGGGGUGCGAGCUAGGGAGCAAAGAUCAGCCCGUCUUCUACGUACAGUAUUGUGCAUGGUGAUUUGUCAUUUUACAUUCACUAUGCCAAUUGUGAUUUACUAUUUGUUCGACGCACACUUUUGUGAAAGCCAAGACGAGAAAUCGGUUUACUUGCACUGCGAUAUUGUGGAAACUGUCACCACCUUACUCCAACUCGCCAAUCAUGUGACACAUUUUUUCAUCUAUUCAUUCACGUCCACUGUGUUCUUAUCGGAUUUAAAGAAACUAAUACCGCAGAAGUGUUGCUUGCACAAACCCCAUGCUGGUAAUAGAGAUCGCAUGCCCAACGAAGGCACAUGGAAUGAAAAUCAGUUCGGUCAUAUUGUGACCGGCAACACUGCAAUUGACUCAUCUGUGAACAACAACAGAUCAAUGCGUUAG